GGUGCUCCGUGCUGCGUGCCUCAUCCUUUUACUUCAUCCAGCGACGUUGAUGUCGCUGGAAGGUGAGUGAACACCGGUUUAACGGGUGGAGUUGAUGAGCGCGUUAGUCGCUGCACGGGAUUUAGAGGCGGACACCGAAAGCGCAGGUGAAGGCAGCGCGUGCAAAAUCAACAGCAGCCAGAGUGCACGAGGAUGCAUCAGUAUGUGUGUUGUCUCCAGGUGUUCGGCAUCUUACGUCAGUAAAAGCAGCAGGAACCAACAUGACAAGUUUGUUGGUCAAAAUGUAUUUUACUGGUUCUCUGUCGUUCUCCGUCUAACCCCCGUCACAUGUCGUCAUCUAGAUUCACUGUGUAAGCAUGUAUGCGCAAUGGUCGAACCUGUUAUAACCUGUCACCAUCACUUUUUCUUUGUGAACAUGUCCUGAAGUGAUGAAUUGCUCUCAGGUGAGAGCAGGUGACUUUCACCGUUGCAGGGGGCAGAGUUACAUCCAUGUCAACCAGCAUUAUAAAACAGCUCACAGGUGCAUCUCAUGAGCCAAGCAGAACUGUCUACAGCUAUGUUUGUGUUUCUCAAAUUACCUCCAAUCUGUACUUAGGAGUAGUACUUGAGUAAAUGCGCUUUGUUACAUCUCCCUAUCACAAAUGUCUUCAGGGUUAAAUUUGAAAUGCUGAUUUCUGCUUUAUUAACUGCUUCAUUCUGUGUCCUGUCAGAGGAAAAUCAAUUCAAAGAGUGGAUGUCAAAGCACAACCGAGUUUACGACACUGAGGAGUUUUACCACCGGCUCCACAUAUUCACCGAGAAUAAGAGGACAGUUGAUCGUCACAAUGCUGGGAACCACUCCUACACAAUGGGCCUGAAUCAGUUUUCAGACAUGACAUUUGAGGAAUUCAGGAAAUUCUUUCUUUUGACAGAGACUCAGAACUGCUCGGUCACUAAAGGGGGUCAUGUCAGCAGGACCGGUCCUUACCCUGAGUUUGUAGACUGGAGGAUGAAAGGCAACUUUGUGACUCCUGUGAAGAACCAGGGCCACUGUGGGAGCUGCUGGACCUUCUCUACCACUGGCUGUUUGGAGUCAGUGACUGCUAUCGCUACAGGAAAGCUAAUACCUCUGUCCGAGCAGCAGCUGAUAGACUGUGCCAAAGACUUCAACAAUCAUGGAUGCUUUGGUGGGCUCCCCAGCCAGGCAUUCGAAUACAUCAAAUACAGCAACGGCCUUAUGACAGAGGAGGACUAUCCCUACAAAGGCUACGAUGGCUCUUGCCAUUUCGAUCCUGCACUGGCGGCUGCUUUUGUUCUGGAUGUUGUCAACAUAACACGCUAUGAUGAAAAGGCCAUGGUUGACGCUGUGGCCAGGCUCAACCCUGUGUCCUUCGCCUUUGAUGUCACGUCUGAAUUUAUGCACUACAAAGCAGGCGUUUACACCAGCACCCAGUGUAAGAACACGGCAGGGAAGGUGAAUCACGCAGUCCUGGCUGUGGGUUAUGGCGCCGAAGAGAAUGACACGCCAUAUUGGAUUGUGAAGAACUCUUGGGGCGAAGCCUGGGGUAUUGAUGGAUAUUUUUUGAUUGAGCGAGGAAAAAACAUGUGCGGACUGGCCGCAUGCUCUUCUUACCCUCUGCCUUUAGUAUGAGGAGUAACAUGGAGACAAUGUGGAGGACUGAAAAAACUAAAAUGUCACCCAGAGACAUCAUUGGAGUUGGCUGUGCUUUUGUGCUCCCUGGAUCCUCACUGGAUUAUGUACAUACACAAAUAUGUCUAAAGAGUGUGUUGUGCUUUGAUUUGAAUAACUUUCUGUUAAACAUGUUGAAGUGUCAGAGGGUGUGGACUAAGCUGGGCAGUUGCUACAAUAUACACAAAUGGCCAAUUAAGGAGUCUGG